GGGAGACCGGAUAUAGUGAAUGCGGGGUCCGGGGAGAGCGGAUAUAGUGAAUGCGGGGUCCGGGGAGAGAGGAUAUAGUGAAUGCAGGGUCUGGGGAGAGUGGAUAUAGUGAAUGCAGGGUCCGGGGAGAGCGGAUAUAGUGAAUGUGGGGUCCAGGGAGAGCGGAUAUAGUGAAUGCGGGGUCCGGGAAGAGCGGAUAUAGUAAAUGCAGGGUCCCGGGGAGAGCGGAUAUAGUGAAUGCGGGGUCCGGGGAGAGCGGAUAUAGUGAAUGCGGGGUCCGGGGAGAGCGGUAUAGUGAAUGCAGGGUCCGGGGAGAGCGCAUAUAGUGAAUGCGGGGUCCGGGGAGAGUGGAUAUAGUGAAUGCGGGGUCCGGGGAGAGCGGAUAUAGUGAAUGCGGGGUCCGGGGAGA